AUGCACGAGGCAUACGACACCAAGGAGGCCCCCGGCGCGGAUCGCGAUCCCCGCCACGGGUCACGAGACUACGGCACGCAGUGGUAUCACGAUGCGCGAUGGCACCCCGUGCCACCGCCGAGCGAUGAGGCGUACGGCGCACCCGGCGAGGGUGCCCCCGAAUGGGAGCAGUUGCGGCUGCAGAGCCGGUCGCUCCUGACGCCAGCUGCCCUGGGCGACGGUGUCCGGACGGGCAUUGCGGCCGGCGGCCGUGCUCCCCACACGGGCAAGCCCCCGGCGCUGCCCGAGGUGCGCAAGUACGCGGCACGUCGCGGCUCGACGAGCCCACCGCGGCGGACUGCAGGAAAGGAGGCAGACACGGAGGGCGAUCUUCCCCCAGACAAGGGAGAUCGCUACGUCGACUUGGACGGCACGUCCCACGAGCCCGAGAGACGGGCGAACCACGCCGAACUCGCGUGGGCGCGCGCGGAGGUCAAGCGCCUCCGUGUGCAGCUCGAGACUCUCCGGGGCAGGUCGCGAGCGCGAGCCCUCGGGGCUCGCGUCUGA